AUGCCUAGAUCAAAACGUUCUAAACUGGUGACUUUAGCUCAGACCGAUAAAAAGGGAAAGCAAAACAAAGAAAGAAUCUUUGACGAGAUCAGAGAGGCUCUUGAUCAAUAUAGAUAUGUUUGGUUAUUCUAUCUUGAUGAUGUUAGAACUCCAGUUUUACAAGAUAUAAGAUCUGAUUGGAUUGGGUCCAAAUUAAUCUUGGGGAAACGUCGUGUCUUGGAAAAAGCCCUUGGUGAUACUAAAGAAGAAGAAUAUAAAGAAAAUUUACACAAGUUUUCCAAAUUGGCAAAUGGUGUGAGUGGGUUAUUAUUUACAAAUGAAGAUGUUGAAACUGUUGCUUCUUAUUUCACUGCAUAUUCUAAACAAGAUUAUUGUCGUGCUAAAUCCAAAUCACCAAUUGAUUUCACUAUACCUGAAGGUGUCAUUUAUUCAAGAGGUGGACAAAUACCUGAAGAUGAAGAUGUUGCAAUGUCUCAUUCAUUAGAGGAAACUUUUAGAAAUAAAUUCAAAAUCCCAACAAAGAUCAAAGCUGGUAAAAUCACAAUAAGUGAACCAUAUCAUGUUGUUUCAAAAGGUGAAGUUUUAGAUGUUCGUCAAGCUUUAAUUUUGAAACAAUUUGGUAUUGCAGCAUCUGAAUUUAAAGUUAAGGCAAAGGCAUAUUAUGAUAAUGAAUCAUCAGAAAUCAAAAUUGUUAACAUCAACAUAGAUGAGGAAUAG